CAUCCUCACUCAUUCACUACUCUCUCCAUUCUUUUCCCGCUUUAAGCUUUUCACUCUUAUUUCAAGAAGAAGGGGUUCUAGGGCAUCUCUCAAAACCCUACCAAAACCCUUAUUUUUCUUCAUCUUUGAAGCUCCUUUACUGUUGUGGUUGUUGAUGAUAUUUUGAGGAGGCGCUGAAAUAAAAUCAAUAAAUGGCUGCUUUAAAUGCUUUAUCUCUUUGCCCUUGCAAAUUCUCUUCUUGUCUAAGAAAUCCCAGAAGUAAACCUUCUGUUUCUUGUUCUGUUGGUGUUCCUUCUAUAUCAGGUACUCCAGGGACUAGAAUACCUAUUAGUAAAUCAAUCAGGAGAGAAGGGCCGGGGAAAAGUAUGGCGGAUUCUGUUCAACGCAAAAUGGAAAAGUUUUAUGAAGGGUCUGAUGGUCCUCCAAUUCGAGUUCUCCCAAUAGGUGGUCUGGGUGAAAUAGGGAUGAAUUGUAUGCUUGUUGGGAAUAAUGAUCGAUAUAUCUUGAUUGAUGCAGGAGUAAUGUUUCCAGAUGAUGACGAGCUAGGUGUCCAGAAGAUUAUACCCGACACAACAUUCAUAAGGAGGUGGAGCCAUAAAAUUGAAGCAGUAGUUAUAACACAUGGGCAUGAGGAUCACAUUGGUGCGUUGCCCUGGGUUAUCCCAGCGUUGGAUUCUCAUACUCCAAUAUUUGCUUCAUCCUUCACAAUGGAGCUCAUUAAAAAGCGUUUGAAGGAGUUUGGAAUCUUUACCUCUAGGCUAAAGCCAUUUAAGGCGAAAAAGAAGUUCACCGCCGGGCCAUUUGAAGUAGAGCCUAUCCGGGUUACCCAUUCUAUUCCUGAUUGUUGUGGAUUGGUACUACGUUGUAAAGAUGGUACAAUUCUACAUACAGGAGACUGGAAGAUUGAUGAAUCACCGUUGGAUGGAAAAGUUUUUGAUCGAGAAACUUUAGAGGAUUUGUCAAAAGAAGGAGUUACGUUAAUGAUGAGUGACUCUACAAAUGUGCUUUCACCUGGAAGGACUAUCAGUGAGAAUGUUGUGAGAGAUGCACUUCUGAGAAAUAUUUCAGCUGCUACUGGACGAGUAAUCACUACUCAGUUUGCAUCUAAUAUACAUCGCCUUGGAAGUGUUAAAGCUGCAGCAGAUUUAACUGGACGGAAGUUGGUAUUUGUGGGCAUGUCAUUAAGGACAUACCUGGAUGCUGCUUUUAGAGAUGGACAGGCGCCAAUUGAUCCAUCAACUCUGGUGAAAGUGGAAGAUAUUGAUAACUAUGCUCCUAAAGACUUGCUAAUCGUUACAACAGGAUCUCAAGCAGAACCACGUGCAGCCCUGAACCUUGCAUCAUAUGGAAGCAGUCAUUCCCUCAAAUUGACAAAGGAUGACCUGAUUCUAUAUUCAGCCAAGGUAAUUCCUGGAAAUGAGACUCGAGUGAUGAAAAUGAUGAACCGAAUCUCAGAGCUGGGUUCAACAAUUGUGAUGGGAAAGAGUGAAGGCCUUCACACAUCUGGCCAUGCAUAUCGCGGAGAACUUGAGGAAGUACUUAGGCUGGUGAAGCCGCAGCAUUUUCUUCCCAUACAUGGAGAACUUUUGUUUCUGAAAGAGCAUGAGUUACUCGGAAAAUCAACUGGCAUCAAUCAUACAACUGUGAUAAAGAAUGGGGAGAUGCUUGGAGUUUCACAUCUAAGGAACAGAAGAGUCUUGUCUCAAGGGUACGCAAAUGGGCUUAUUUCUUUGGGAAAGGAGAAUUUGCAGCUGAUGUACAGCGAUGGGGACAAAGCUUUUGGAACAUCUUCAGAACUUUGUAUUGAUGAGAGAUUAAGAAUAGCAACUGAUGGCAUCAUUAUUGUCAGCAUGGAAAUUAUGCGCCCCGAAACCAGUAACAGUGCAGUUGCACCCACCAUAAAAGGAAAAAUUAAAAUUACGACGCGUUGUUUAUGGCUUGAUAAAGGGAAGCUCUUGGAUGCACUACAUAAAACUGCAAAUGCUGCACUAUCAAGCUGUCCGAUAAACUGCCCACUGGCUCAUAUGGAAAGAACUGUGUCUGAGGUGUUGAGGAAAAUGGUAAGAAAAUACAGUAGUAAGAGGCCCGAGGUUAUUGUCAAUGCUAUGGAGAACCCAUCUGCUGUUAUAGCUGAGGAGUUGAAAGAAAAGUUGUCUGGUAAAUCUAGAGGGGACUAUGGGACAUCUGCGUUGAACAAAGCGGAUGACGCACAUCCCAGGAAAAAAAGGUCAAGCAAGAGGAUUGAAGAGGGCAAGGCUGAUACCUAUCUUAGGAAAAACACGACACAACAAGAUGUUAAAGGUAAAAGUAUAGAUGAGCGAUUACUGCAGGAGGAAGACACGACAGUCUCCAGUUCUGACUCGACGAGCUCAGCAUCAUCCGUUGAGGGUGACACAGAUGAUUUCUGGAAAUCAUUUGUAAUAAAAUCACCGAUACAAGGCGAGAGCGGUUUGGUAGAAAAAAACUUGGUGCUCAACCAGGAUGGAAGUGAAAGCAGUGAGGAUGAGUCUGUUGAAUCGUCAAAUCCUGAGAAAGCCAUCAAGCCCGUGAAACGCAACAAAUGGAAGCCGGAAGAGAUUAAGAAACUAAUUAAAAUGCGUGGGGAUUUGGAUGUGAAGUUCCAAGUUGUGAAGGGCAGGAUGGUACUGUGGGAGGAGAUAUCUACAAAUUUGCAGGGUUAUGGAAUUAAUCGAACCCCAAGCCAAUGCAAGUCUCUUUGGACAUCUCUGCUUCAGAAAUACGAGGAAAGCAAGAUCGACGAGAAAACUAGUGGUAGCUGGCCAUACUUCACGGACAUGGAAAAGAUUCUCUCUGAUCGUGAGUCGGCUUAACCAACAGAAUUAGCAAGUGGAGGUCAGCAAAAACGGGAGCUGCUAAAGCCGGGACAACUGGGCUUGUCCAGCUAUGGAACAAGAGGUGGUGCCCCUGGAACCAUAGAUUUGCAGGGGGCUGCUUUUGUGUGCAGCCAUGGAUGGGCGCCACAUCACUUCUUCUCUCCAUUUCCUCCGGUCCCAUAUCUGGACCAUAAUUUUGCCUUUGGUUUUGUCCCAGUUCAAGUGUUUUCGAGCAAAAACCAUGUGAACUAAAUUUUGUUCCCGAAAACAGUCUUUGAGCAACGGCUGUAAGUAAGUCGGCGUCAGUAGUAGUCAACAGAUUUAUCACUUUUUAGCAGCCUUUGGAGUUUCACAACAACACUCCAUAUAAGUGUGGUUGUAUCACAAAUGUUUCCAUACAUGAGAAAGUAAAUUCUUACCCACUUCAGGGAAAA